AUGGACAAAGGAUGGUGGGGUGAAGCCGCUCUCACUGCUGCCUAUCUCCGAAAUCAUGCUAUUAGUCGGGGUGGUUCAGCUUCCAAGACUCCCAUAGAACUAUGGACCGGUGCACGUCCGGACGUAUCACACCUCCGCAUCUUCGGUUCACCCGUUUCAGUCCUCGUUCCUCCGCAACGCCGCUCCAAACUCGACGACCGAAGCACGGCUGGCGUCAUGGUUGGACCCAACCUCCCCUCCCUCUCGUUCACCUCCCAUGACCUCUUCCACCACCCUCCUCCCACCAUCUCCAAAUCUGCCAGCACCAGCACCCUCUUCUCCUCCUUUGUUUUCAAACCUUCCUCUGCCCUCGACGCUGCAAGACUUCCGCCUUCCAUCCCUCUCCUCUCCUUCUUCAGCUCGUCCUCCCCCUUGCACCUCUAG